AUGCCUAACAAGUACGGCGUCGCCGAACUCAAAACCCUAGGUAACGAACUACUCUCAUCAGCCUCUAACAUCAACAACCUCCCCCUUCUUCUCACCUUCGUCUCACCUUCUUCUCCACCUCAACACGUCCUCGAAUCGCUUCUCUCUCUUCAUUCUUUCUUCCUCCCUCUCCUCCCUCAACUACCUUCCUCCUCUGCCACUGCCAACACCUCCUCCUCCGACAACGCCGAUGCCGACCAGUCUGAGUUCAUUUACCUCACUUGGCUUCGUUCGAAGUUCGAUGAGUUUCUUAAAUCUCUGAUAGAUGUUCUUGUAUCGGAUCAAUCUGAUGAAACUCUGAAGGAAGUUGUGUUGGAUACGUUGAUGGAGUUUGUGAAGGUUGCUAAUGGCGGCACCUUUCAUUCUUCGUUGUAUAACAGAAUUAUCAGUAGUAUUAUUCACUCUGCUAGUUCUGCUGAAUUUUUGAUUGAUUUACUAACAUCAAAGUAUUUCAAGUAUAUUGAUGUCAGUUAUUUUACAUUCAUAAGUCUAGAAAAGCUAGCUAGAAAUUUGCAGGGGAAAGAUGUUUCAGCAUUUGAGAAACUUGGACUUGAUUGUGCGAGCUGGAGCGAACCUGUCUAUUCAGAUCUUUUAAGUCUCAGUUUGGUAAGGACUUGGAAUUUCUGCAUUCAUGCAGUCAUGGAUCUUAGCUGCGAACCUAUCUCGGUGCUUGAUGGAGUUCUUGUUGCUAUCAAGGAUGAAAUAGACUGUUUACCAUAUCCUACGACAGGAGGUACAAAGUGGCUGCACAAACAAAGGCCUUGUCUGAAUGACGCUUGCUGUGUUAAGCGUUUAAGAUUAUGCGGCGCCAUACUUGUUGGAAAGACUAAUAUGCAUGAACUUGGCGCGGGAACUAGCGGUAUAAAUCCACAUUACGGGGCUUCUAGAAAUCCUUAUGAUGUCAAUAGGAUAGCAGGAGGUUCUUCUAGUGGAUCUGCAUCGGUGGUAUCUGCAGGUUUGUGUCCUAUUGCUCUUGGUGUCGAUGGGGGAGGUUCUGUAAGGAUGCCUGCAACACUUUGUGGUGUAGUUGGUCUUAAACCGACUUUUGGUCGUAUACCUCAUGACGGAGUUCUUCCUCUAAACUGGACAGUUGGAAUGGUUGGAAUACUCGCAGGCACGGUCGAGGAUUCAUUGAUCGCGUUAGUAAUCGUCCUUACCGUGAUUACCAUGACUUUUUUCCUCAACCUGAAUGCUAGUAUUGUUGGCUUAGCAGUUGAAUCUGAAGGACCUGAAAAUUCACCCUGGUGUCUCGGUCUUGGUAGAACACCAAUGGAUGAAAGAAAGGGUUACUUUAGGGAUUCCCAUGAUGUAUGGAGUUCCCUAAGUGGCUAA